CUUUCAAGUACUCCGCUUCACAGUAGGUGAACAAACAUAAAAACAACCCAGACCAGGGCACCCACAGCUUGCUUCCGGUUCGGAUCGUGAGAGAGCGAGAGAAGAAAAAAGAAAAACAACAAACUGCUACUGCCAUACGGUCGCGAACAAAACACACGGGAGCCUGUUUGCGCCAUUUUACCGUCAACAGUGAUUACGAUCAACCAAAACAUCGGAACAGUGCUGCAGCAUUCCGGAAGAAGACGUACCAAUAUUCGCCACCAUCUGUGAAGCAUAUGAAGAUGUUAAGGGAGAAGCUGGCCAAACUGUCCGGCGGGAUGCAGCGGGGCAUCUCGUGGUUUAAAGCUGGACGCAUCGCCAGCCCGAUGGCACUCAUCUACGUACUGCACAUGCUCUGGCCCGAAUUUCGCCCAUUCAGCAUUCUGUUUGUGAUUGCGAUCGGAUUUCUCUGGCAUCGCUCAGCAAUGGAACCGUGUCCGUCGAUAAAAGCCUCUCCACUGGGCGAGAUAUGUUCGAAGGUUUGGGCGCUGCGAACUACACGACCGAUCAGCAUGGUGGUUGGCAGUGCCGGUGGCAUCCUAACGCUUAUCUACCUAGUUUGUAACGUGGUACCGCUGUGGCUGUCCCUAGCGAUGGCCGGUUUGCUGGUGUACUGGGACCGAUGGCAGUUCGGUGUUGCGGGCACGUUCAGCAAUCCUCCAAGUUUGCGGGACACGGUAACCGAACCGGAGAUUGACGAGUUCGUACCGGAACUGACGGAAGUGAGUCGUGUGCUGUUGCAGGAGGUAGGUGAGCAGGGUGCAGACACAAUCCCCUCGGUGGAAGGGUCCGCAUCCGGUGCGGUGAGCAUAAAUAGGGCGGAAGAGGAUGAAGAGCUGUACCUAAAGACGCUCAUACCGGAAGCGAGCAGCAACGAUUUUGAGUCAGCCGAACUGAGCGGUUCUAGCAGCGACGAGCUGUACUGUCCCGAGGGCCCGGUCGUCAGGAAGACGGGUUCCGGCCGGUUACACACGAAGCACACCACCGAAAAGCCGAUCGAGUUUAAGAGCAGCCACUUUAAUGCGAACAGCUCGUCCGACUCGGAUGACAACAUAUCACGGGGCCUGUGCUUUACCGACGACAGUGAUGGCGUGAGUCGUCGCAGCAGGCCGCAACAGCAGCAACCGGACAGCAUGAUGAUGAUGAUGAGCGCCACCACCUUAGCGAGUAACGUACUGAUGGACACCAUGUGCAAACGUUUACUAGAAGCAGGUACCCUGCAGCAGCAGCAGCAGCAGCUACAGCAGCAGCUACAUACCGUUCUUCAGCCGGCUGGUUUCGAUCAACGAAAUCCGCUGGUUGCCUCGAUCAGUAGCACGAUACAGGCGCUACGGGGGCAAACGGUUCAGGUGCCGGAAGAGGAGGACGAUGAAUCGACCGAUCCGGACGAGGAUAGCGAUUUUGAAAUGCUCAACUCCGAGGAACUGAACAACUUAUGAGCACGAAAGGUUUGAUUUUUUGUUCAGGGAUUUAUAGGAGAGAGUAUGGGGGCGAAAUAAUAAGGGGGGAGGGGAGGGAGAAAAGGAAGGGAGCUAUGGGAAAUUUAUCAUGGAAAUUCAAUUUCCGGCGUCGCUAUACGGUAUAACUGUUUAUAGACCCUGUUGCCAUCCCGUGUAGACCGAUCGGACAGGUUGCCCUGGUUUUAUGUUAUUGUUCAAAUUAUGUGUUAUUUCUUUAUUAUUAUUUUAAUCAACUAGCUGUUAAUAUUGUUUUUUUCCUUCCCCGCAGGCUAACCACGUUAGCCACACUCCUUUUAUUUUAUUUUAUUUUAUUUUUUCCGUUAAUCAAGGAGCGAUAUACGUUUACCAAUUGCGAAUUAACUUAUCUUAUCAGCUUAUAUUAAUUUUAACUACAUCGAAUGUAGCACGGAGCAAAAGCUAAACUUUUUCAAAACUCUGAUUACGAAAACACGGUUGUGUUUUCUCCUUGCAAUCGAUAUUAUUUUGUGAGUGUGUUAGUAAGAUGUAAUGUUUUAUUUAAUUUUUCGGUAUUUGACAAAGAUGGAAGUAUCACCUUUCCACGUGACGAAAGUUCGUUUAAAACCCCCCCAUUACCUGCAUAAAUUUGUUCUUUUUCUUUUUGAUUAAAACGAAUCCGUUGCUCAUAUCCGGUUUGCGGUGCGAUCGCGUUACCCCCAAUGUGAAAGGUUUUCCAUUCUAGUCUAGACUUUAUAAAGUGAGUGCAACCAAGAAUUGUAUCCGUAUGAAUUUACUCAAACAAUAGUAGAAUUAGCAACAACAGAAAAAAAAAAACAUUGUUCGACAGACAAACAAACAAAAAAAGAAAUAAAAAAAUAAGUGUAUGAAAUGUGAUAUAAUUACAUCAGAGCAAAGUAAACUUCUCCAACGGAGUACUACUAAUAAAUGUUAAAAAGUCAUAUCUGCAAAGAA